AUGACUAUCACCAUCAGGUCUCUCGAACGUAGAUUAAGCAGCAGCACAAAGUUGUCUCCCUUCGCCAGUAUGCAAGCUCUUAGAUUGUCCGCCAACGCACAACCUGCAGUAGAUCCAGCAAAACUGAAAAUUGUGAAGAGAACAUUGCACGUACCUCCUUUAGAUGAAAUAAAAACGGUUUUUCAUGAGGCACUUUCAAAAAACUUUGCUGAAGUUAAAGUCGAAAUCGUUGAUUCUCCCGACCUUACAGAACCACCUUUCCAUCUAGCAACUCCUGGGCUGUCUGGUAGACCAACAAUUUUAGAUGUUGGGGGAAUUUCUUUCUAUUCUAAUGAAAUCGAAAAACAAAAAUUAUACGAUAUUGAAACUCUCGUCAAACAUCUGGGCUAUACAAAGGAACUAUUAGUAAUCGGUGCUGCUCAUGGUCCCUGGCCUCAUCUUAAAAAAGAUUCAGAUGUUGUAGUAAACACUGUUUUAAAUAAACCGAAAUCAGCCGCAAGAUCCUAUGGUAUAACAGUCGAUGAAACUCGAGGAAAGAUUGAAUUUCAGGCCCUGCCUUUAAAUGAAACUCGAUUUUCAGUACUGGGAAAUUUAUUUCUAAGUGAAGGAAAGCCCGGGAAGGUACUAAAAGUUUUCGCUAAGAAACGAACAGGCAAGGAUAGUUUCAUUUUCAGUAUGAGAAGGAGUAUUGAAAAUCGCUAUGGAAAGAAGCUUGUUGGCAUUGGUGGAGCCUUCGUAAUACAAAAAGGAUCAACAUUACAAUAUUUCCCAAAUUUGUUAAAUAAACCUUUGGCUGAAGGAAGCAGGAUGAGAAGAGUCAAUUCUUACUACCUUUACGAUAGUUCACCUCCGCAGAUCGCAGUCGGUACUUUUGUUUCUGCCAACACGGACCUUGAUCUAAUACCGCAUCACUUUCAUACGUUUUCUGAUCAUAAAGAAGGCGGACAUUAUCUUGUAGACUCUUCCCCGGAAACUGUAGAAUAUUUAGGAUAUUUUACACCCGGAGAAGUACUUUACAAAGUAGAUCAAGCUCCACCUGGCAAGGCACCUGCAGUUCCGAUUCCCGAAAAUUACUAA